AUGAUUGAACCCAUGACCUCUAAUCCCAUUACAUGUACAUAUAGUUUUAUAUACUCUAACUCACUGAUAAUGGCUACAAUUGAUGAUUUUGCAAGGCUCCAAGCACGGGCUGAACGGGCAGAUUCUAUGUUGGCAAGCUUGCAGGAUCAGAUUGAUAGUAUUAAAAAAAUUGCAG